UCACCUUCUCACACGUACGGUAUAUAUUACGCCGCACGUCUUGCCAUUGCUCACAUCCAGACCUUGAGGUUGUCAGGAUCGAUCUAAAAUUCAACCAUGACUCCCUUCCUUCUGCUGUUCGUUGCCUUGGCAACGGCGUCUCCAGUGAGGAGGCAGACUAGUGGUCUGGAUGCCAACGGGGACGGACUCAUCUCCAAGGAUGAAGUGUUUGCCGCCAUGUCUCUGCACGAGGCUCUCACGGCCCUGGACAGGGAUGGCGAUGGCUUCAUCUACCUGCCUCAGAUCAUCGAGCUGUGGGGAGUCGGGGACAAGUUUUACGAACUGAACACCGACGGAGACGACCACCUCACCUUCAGGGAGUUUGAAAACGGCAUGUCCCUGAGCGACUUCUACGACCAGUUCGACUUUAACGCUGACGGGUCCUUGGACGCUGCGGAGGCUUACCAGCUCAUCUACAUCUACGACGUCAUCAACAACCCGUCAUUCACCAACCCUCUGGACUCUAACGGAGACGGAAAACUCUCCAAGCUCGAGGUGACGAGCCAUAUGACAUACGACGAGGUUCUGACCGCCUUGGACGCUGACGGAGACCAGCGGCUGUCCGCGACUGAGCUUAACAUUCUUCUCGGGUCCGAAACGACCGAAUUCUUCGACGACCAGGACGAAAACGGCGACGGUUACGUCAGCUUCCAAGAGGCGCACGAACACCGCAUGAGCCUGUCGAGGGUCUUCGACAGACUGGACCAGGACGAUAGUGACUACCUAGAAGAUCCAGAGGGAGCCGGAUUCUACGUCGUGUGGGACAGGAUCCUGCAAGCGCAAGCCGGAACUGGACCCGUCACUGGAUAAGCUGUGCCCAAUGCUGAACCGACCGCAGUUCCCCGAGUACCGGAAGCAAGUGGGGAGGGGGGCAAACCAUGAAGACUGAAUUCAGAAUAGAAUGACAGUGGACACAUGAAAAUAAAAAUUGUUCUUCAA